CGGUGCAGAAGUUUCCGACACCAGGAACAGUCACAUCCUCUUUACAGCUGCGUUCUGUUUACUUUUUCUCUCCUAUGGUGAUUUUUUAUUUGAGUUUGCAAGCUUCAUGGUUUUAGCUAUGUUGGCUAUGUUUUCACAAUAGUCGCUACAAUUUAGAUAAGUGUUGGGUUCGAGGGAUAACUCGUAUCGACAUUUCACUUUUUGUUUAUUCUGAGCUGUUUUUGUGAUAUUUUGUUGAAUGGAGUGCUGAGGAAAAAACUCCGUCCUUCGCAAACAGAGCAGUAGCGCUCUAAAAGGAGAAAAAGUUCAAGGGGGCGACGCUGUUCCACGCAGGGGCCGAGAACAUUGGGACGCAUCGGGAUGCUGCGAUUUGCAGGGAUGGAGAGUCUCCGUGAGAUCUUAGCGGUGUUGGGUGUGAUGAGCUGCGCGUGGAUGCAUUUCGGACUGGCCUCGCGUAUGAAGUCUCCAUCAUUGCCCAUCCAAUCGGAAAGGGAGCCCAUACCUUCCAAGGGACUGGCAGGCUGCUCAUUUGGAGGAAGAUUCUACUCGCUGGAGUACACGUGGCACCCGGACCUGGGGGAGCCGUUUGGGGUCAUGCACUGUGUCCAGUGUCACUGUGAACCGCAUAGAAACAGGCGGGGUAAAGUGUUUGGGAAGGUGAGCUGUAAGAACAUUAAGCAGGACUGCCCUGAGCCUGGCUGUGAGGACCCAGUGCUGCUUCCCGGACACUGCUGCAAGACCUGUCCUAAAGGUGAGCUGGACAGGAAGCAGGUGGAUUCUGUCUUCGAUGGCUUUGAGUAUUUCCAGGAGAAGGUCGAUGACCUGCACAAGUCGUACAACGACCGCUCCUACCUGAGCUCUGAGGACAUUUCCCCUAGUGAGAGCAGGACGGAUUUCGUAGCCCUGCUGACGGGAGUGACAGAUUCCUGGCUGCCCAGCUCUAGUGGUGUGGCCCGAGCUCGGUUCUCCCUGUCCCAGACCAGCUUGGUUUUCUCCAUCACUUUCCAAAGGAUGGCUCGACCCAGCCGGAUUGUGUUCCUGGAUGCUGAUGGUAACACUGCAUUUGAGCACAGGGUUCCAAGGGGGGAGUCAAUGCAGUCCAACAUGAUCUGUGGGGUGUGGAAGAACCUGCCCAAGGCGCAAGUGCGCCUGCUGCAGGCCGAGCAGAUGCAGGUCUCCAUGGCGACUGCGGGUGGCAGACGGGAGGAGGUCCAGGGCAAGAUAAUCAAACACAGAGCGCUGUUUGCAGAAACUUUCAGCUCCACCCUCACAUCAGAUGAGGAGCAUUCUGGGAUGGGUGGGAUUGCCAUGUUGACGCUGAGUGACACUGAAAACAACCUGCACUUCAUCCUCAUGUUCCAGGGGCUUCUUCAGCAAGCAGGCAAAGAGCACCCCCUGAUGCCCAUCCGUGUGCAACUGCAGUACCGCCAGCACGUUCUGAGGGAAAUCCGUGCCAACGUCACUGCGCUUGACCCUGACUUUGCUGAGGUGCUGACUGACCUCAACAGUCGCGAGCUCUUCUGGCUUUCACGGGGCCAGCUGGAGAUCGCCGUGGAGACCGAGGGACAGGACCCGCAACGUAUCUCAGGGUUCAUCGCGGGCAGGAAGUCAUGUGACACCAUCCAGAGCGUGAUGUCCAGUGGAGAUGCCCUGACCCCAGGCAAGACCGGAGGCGUCGGCUCUGCGGUGUUCAAUCUCCAUGACAAUGGCACUCUAGACUAUCAGGUGCAGAUAGCGGGCGUGUCCAGCGAGGUGGUGGGCGUGACCAUCGAGAUGAAGCCGCGGCGGCGCAGCAAGCGCAGCGUCCUGUACGACCUGACCUCGGAGUACGGCGGGGGCUGGGCCCUGGGGAGCUGGGGCCGCAUGGAGGCCAGGCACAUCCACAUGCUGCUGCAGAACGAGCUCUUCAUCAACGUCGCCACCACCGACCACCAGGAGGGGGAGCUCCGCGGCCAGAUCCGGGCCCUGAUGUACAACGGCCUUGAGGCACGCAGGCAUGUUGUCCCGGUGCCACUGGCGGGACAGUACGUGUACCCUCCCGUGAGGACCGGAGCCGGGGGCCACGCCUGGGUGUCGAUCGACGAGCGGUGUCACCUGCACUACGAGAUCGUGGUGGCGGGACUGAGCAAGAGCGAUGACAUCACGGUCAAUGCCCACCUGCACGGACUGGCUGAGAUUGGGGAGCUGGACGACAACACCCACAAGAGACUGCUGACGGGCUUCUAUGGCUCUCAGGCCCAGGGCGUUCUGAAAGACAUGAGUGUGGAGCUGCUGCAGCAUUUGGACAAAGGCACCGCCUUCAUCCAGGUCAGCACCAAGCUGAACCCCAGAGGAGAGAUUCGUGGACGGGUACACUUGCCGAAUAACUGUGAGUUUGGGAACAGGGGGGAGCCAGACAAGGGGGAGCCUGAAGACAGUGUGUAUGUGCGGGACCCCGAGGAGCUGAAGAAGGACCCCCACACCUGCUUCUUUGAGGGGCAGCACCACGCCCACGGCUCCCACUGGACGCCGCACUACAACAACUGCUUCACCUGCGGCUGCCAGAAGCGGACGGUCAUCUGCGACCCCAUCAUCUGUCCCGUGCUCACCUGCACCCGCACCAUCCAGACCGAGGACAAGUGCUGUCCCCAGUGCGACGAGAGAAAAGAACCGAAGGAUGUGAAAGCGCUGGAGAAACUGGAGGAGCAUCCAGAAGGUUGCUACUUUGAGGGGGACCAGAAGAUGCACGCCCCUGGGACCACCUGGCACCCCUUUGUCCCCCCGUUUGGGUACAUAAAGUGUGCUGUCUGCACCUGCAAGGGUGCGACCGGAGAGGUCCACUGCGAGAAGGUGACCUGCCCGCCCCUGCCCUGCGCCAAGCCCGUCCGCCGCAGCCCGUCCGACUGCUGCAAGGAGUGCCCGGAGGAGGAGAGGCGCCAGCUGGACCACGCGGACAUGAUGCAGGCCGACGGGACCCCCCUCUGCAAGUUCGGCAAGAACUACUACCAGAACACUCACAACUGGCACCCCAACGUGCCCCUCUUCGGGGAGAUGAAGUGCAUCACCUGCUGGUGUGACCACGGUGUGACCAAGUGCCAGAGGAAGACCUGCCCGGUGCUGACCUGCAGCCACAUCGUCCGCAGGGAGGGCAAGUGCUGUCCGGAGUGCAGCGACGGGCUUUCGAAGGAGGACGAGGACCUGGUUAAAGUUCAGGAGAAUAAGAAGACUUGGAGACCUUGAGAUGCCACGAAUGACGACUCUCUGUCACCCUCCUCAGGACCGUCCCAGAACUGCACACUGGCCUCGUCCCCAAGCAGUCAGCCUAAGGAUUGUAAUUAAAAAGCGAUCAAGACAGAGAAAGAGAGGGAGAUAAUGAGAGAGCGCAGCAACGAUGGCAGAAGGACUCCCAAAAGGAGAAAUAGCGCUGUGAGUUGUGCUGUGGACAUGGACUACUUGAACCAAAGGACUUGGACAAUGCCUGCAGCAUUUAUUUUACUUUCUUUAAUUUUGUCAUUACUGUUUGAAGUUUAUGCUCAAAUCACUUUCACAGUGGGUAUCUGUGUCACCUGAUGGCUUCUUCACUAUCAUGUUCCGACAUCAUAUUGCACUCUGCUGGCACACAAACACACACAUACACACACACACACACACAUGCACGCACGCGCACGCAGCUUCAUGCAUGCUGAUCGACAUUGACAGAAAGUCUGUAAAAGCCAGGCUGUAGCACAGUGUUAUUCUCCCUUCCAUUGUUCAGCUCUGCAAAGCCCUUCCUAAACUCCACCCACCCUUUCCAGACUCCGCCCCACCCAGUCUGCUGUCCAGCUGCAGUGGACAGCACGAAGACCACAAGGGAGAUAGGCGGAGUCCUGUUUCACAUACUUUUUUGUUCAGUGUUUUUUCUGUGAGAUAGAGCAACAACCUCCGUUCUGGUUUGUGGAUUUCAGUUCAUCAGAUGAUUCAAUGAGCCCCUAAUCACCAUAUGUGCCAUUUUAUUACCUUAUAAUGAAAGAGAAGACCCACGUACAAACACUCACACACACAUGCACAUGCGCAUACACACACACAUUUUUCACUCCUUCCCUGGGGGUGCAGAGACAUUUCAGAAAGAUCAGUCUGUGGGAUACAGGAGGGUGCUGAAGGAAGAAUGAGAUGCUUUAUGGUAGCGCUACUGUAAUGACAAUGUACAAAACCGCCAAAGAGACCUGUGACCAUGAGAGAGAGGUAGAAAGACAGAGAAAGAGUGAGAGAUGUAAGGAGAGAGUAUGAGGAUGCGUAAUGUAGCUCUUUGAAACCGCUGAGCCUAUUCAGGCAUGUGGGCUGGAGUGUAGUUUACUGUAUAAGUAAAACACAGAGGAGGGGGAGGAGUCUGUUUCUUUGUAGUCCUCCAUGUGGUUUUGUUUGAUGUUAUUGUGCUUCAUAGUUUUGAGAGCAAUAACCAGUUCUAUGCCUCUCCCUCUCUCCUCAUAUACCAAAAAGUAGAGUUCUAGACCAAGUAUUUUUGAGCAGAGGUCACAGAAUUAAAGUUUUCAAUUUAUUAAGCCAUGCUGGGAGUGAGUUUAUGUAACCUGCAGGAUAAAGAAGAGGUUUAUUUGUGUGUGUGCAGGUAUGCGUGCAUGAUAGUGUUUGGUUUAAUAAUGGUCACUCCCAACACCAGUUCCCAUGCGGUAUCUGAGUACGUUUAAAUGACCUGCAGGAUAAAGAGAAGGCUCAUUUGUGUGUGCGUGUGUGUGCAGGUAUGCGUGUGUGUGUGUGGGAUUGUGUUUGGUUUAGUAACGGUCACUCCCAUCACCAGUUCUCAUGCAGUGUCUGAGGCCAGAGGCUGUCCUCUCAGAUUGAUUGGCAGGUUUGGAAAACCCGGCUGACUCUGCAUUCAACCAGUUCACUCCUUCUGCACCUGCUGGUUCUGUUUGUCAGCAGCGUUUGCCUAUCUGUUCUCAGCUAAUUAUGAUAUAUUUUUAUUAUUAUUAUUAUUAUUAUUAUGAUUCUCUAUUGUAUUUUGUAUUUAUUGAAUGUGAGCAGAAAAGUAAAUAAAAUGGCCAGUUGAAAAGAGGUUUGAAGAAACAGAA